AUGAGUGUGGAUAGAAAUACACAAUGUGCAAGUUCUGUCGCCUCGGACGAGGGACAGGCUUGUAACAGCAGCGGGGCCGAUGCAGGCUCCUCAUCUUCGGAGGAUGAGGCUGGCUUUGCUUCUCCACCACCUAACAAGCGUCGUCGUAGGUAUGUACAAAAUCCUUAUGCCGAUCCACGCGUCGAUGUAUUGAUGGAUCAAUGCCAAGAGGAGAGCCUAGAGGGAGCUCACAUACUGUUGCAGACCGACAACCGUACUCUCGUUGCAUACAUAAGGAACGAGGGGGGCACAAGAUCACUAGCCCUAUUAGAACUGACAGGCAGGGUUCUAGAGUUAACCGAGCAGCUCAAUAUAACGCUGUCGGCCUGCUACCUCCCAGGGAGGCUAAACGGAAUAGCAGAUCGUCUCUCGAGGGGUCGCCCAGUCCCAGAGUGGCACCUACUUUCACAGGCCACGGAAGCCAUAUUCAAAGAGUGGGGGGUCCCAGAUAUAGACCUGUUCGCGUCAAAAGAGACCGCCGUCGUGCGAAGCUACGCCACAUUGGAUUCAACAGAUGGGUGCGCAACUUUCUGCGACGCAUUCAGCCUUCAGUGGGAUUACCAGAUGGCCUGGGUGUUUCCCCCCCCAAACCUCAUCCCACGAGUAUUGGCCCAUCUGAACAAGGCGAGGGGAACAUAUGUUCUAAUAGCACCUCAUUGGACUCGGUGCUUUUGGCAUCCAGACCUACAGGCGAGGGCUCUCGGAGAGCCAAUAAUAAUCAAGGAUCUGCGGAAGACCUUGAUAGAUCAGACUACAGGCAGAGUGCCGGAACAGAUAGACAAGUUGUCUCUUCUAGCCUGGAAGGUUGGGGGUGGGCAGACAAAGUACUCUGUCCAUGGUAUAAAGCUGCUUACUAAUGAAGACCAGGCCCUUCUACAUAGCUUGGAGGCUGAUCUAGAUCUGGACGUCUGGCAGCAUGGGUCUCCAGGACUCCGUGACGCCAUGGUGAUGGUGUCACCACAGAACAGACUCCAAUUUUUUGAUGAGCUGGAUAAAAAUGGUGUUACACAUUACAUACAUUUAUCGGAUGUCACCACGGCUUUUGAGGAGUACGACAGUGAGCUUAUUCAAUGGAAACUGUCAAGAAGAAACAAAAUGGUCCCCUUUGAUGAUUUUCCGAGAUACGCUGAGGUUGACGAGUAUAUCGAAAGAGUAGCGAGAGAAUAUCCCGACAUUGUAACUCUAGUUACCGCCGGGCCCAGCUAUGAAGGACGACCCAUCAAAUAUUUGAAGAUAUCAACAUCAAACUUCAACGAUACUAGCAAACCUGUAUACUACCUGGAUGCGAUGAUCCAUGCUAGAGAAUGGGUGACCACACCAGUGGCUCUAUACACCAUACAUCGCUUGGUAGAAGACCUCAGAGAGGAAGACAGGGAUCUGCUAGAAGACAUCGACUGGAUAGUAAUGCCUAUUGUGAAUCCGGACGGCUAUGAGUACACACAUACAGAUCAGCGUCUGUGGCGCCGCACAAGAUCUUUUAGACCAGAAGUCAGCUCCACCUGCUACGGAAUCGAUGCCAACCGGAAUUUCGAUGUUAAUCACAACACUAUUGGCAUAUCAUCUAAUCCCUGCUCAGACAUAUACCCCGGCGUGGAACCUUUCUCAGAAGUAGAGACGGGCUACGUUCGGGACAUAUUACACGACAAUCUCGAUCGUCUACAACUGUACAUGAAUAUCCAUAGUUUUGGCAACUGGGUUCUGUAUGGAUUCGGUGAUGCGAGUCUGCCGAGUAACGUGGCACAGAUACACCAUGUCGGGGCCGCGAUGGGAGCCGCUAUGGACGCGAAAAAGUUACCCCAAGCCCCGUACUAUUUAGUCGGCAACAGCAAUUUCCUGCUGUAUGGAACGUCCGGUAGCGCUCAAGAUUAUGGCCAGAAAAUCGGGGUGCCGUUCUCGUACACUUUGGAGUUGCCAGGGUACGGGUUUGACUUCCGCGUGCCGCCGCAAUUUAUCGGGCAGAUCAACGAGGAGACUUGGAGCGGAAUCGCCGCGUCCGCCCGCCUCGCCAGACAAUACUAUAGAGCGCGAACCAACUAAAUAAUAUACUGUUUCAUUGU